GCUUGACAUCACUAGCUGUCUGUCGUGUGGUUCUCAUUUGUGGGAUAUUGAAUGACGUGAUCUCCCGUUUAUUUUAGCUGAGGACAUGCAUUUAUGAGCAACGCUUUGUUGUGCGGGAUCCACGGCUGCAAUAAUACACCUAUACGAACUGAGCGCGAGGCAUUGAGAAAGGACGAUUACAGUGGAUUUAAUGACACCCCAUCAAAGCAUCAGAUUCUGAUCAGACUAGACAUGGAUGGAUACCUGCAGCCUCAGUUUCAUACAAUGACAGACCAUAAGAAGUUUUGUCAAGACAAUCCUCUGACGAUGGACCAAGGCACGCCAUACAGCAUAAACAUGAAUGUUUUCUUACCUGACGUCACCUACUUACGGACUGGCAUGUGCAGGCCCGUGAGGUCUGCAGUGCCACAGAUAAAGACGGAACCUCUUCAUUCGUCUUUCAAUUACUCCAGUUGCCACGGUGCUGUCUCACCUGCCGUGACCCACCCAGAGUAUCUGAACCUCUACAGCCCAGCUGCAGAAACGGGUAGCAAUGUUUAUGUCAAGCACGAGAUUCAAUCCCUCGAAUUCCCAGACAUUCCAUUGUUUCAGCUGUUGAAUUCUGAACUCGACCCAAAUGUGCCUGGAGCCCACUCUUGCACAGAUUCCCCCAAUGCCGAAUACCCUCCAAUGUCGACAUAUAACAGCAUUCAACCACCAUCUAGUCAUAUUGCAGAGAGAUCCCUUUGUAAUAUGGACAGUAGCGGACAUUCCCUACCCGCCCAGUAUCCUCCGAAAAGGGUUGCUUAUCUACCACCCUCCCCUCCUAACUCAGAACCAGGUAGCCCAGACAGAAGGAAAGAACUCAUACAGAACUUGUCGCCACCUCCAUCCUAUGCUGCCAGCAUUGCCUCUAAAAUGGCAGGUCCUACCCAAGGUCCAGGGCCAACUACUUCUGUCCAAUACAACCGCAGGAACAAUCCUGAUCUAGACAAAAGAAGGAUACAUCACUGUGAUGUACCAGGAUGUAAGAAGGUCUAUACCAAGUCCUCACAUUUAAAGGCCCAUUUACGGACACACACAGGCGAAAAGCCAUACAAGUGCUCAUGGGAGGGGUGCGACUGGCGUUUUGCCCGUUCUGAUGAGCUAACACGCCACUUCAGGAAGCACACGGGGGCCAAACCUUUCCAGUGUGCCGUAUGUAGCCGUUGCUUCUCCCGAUCGGACCACCUGGCCCUCCACAUGAAAAGACACCAGAACUAGAAGCGCCCAGUCUCGUUGUUCUGACAGUGCUGCGGGAGGGCUAUCAGGAGCUCUGUUGAUGAUACUAAUUAGGAUUUGGGUGUGUUGGUUAAUCUGAGUUUUGGCAGUUCAUCAGGUACAACAUGACCAAACCUGCUGCCGGUAUGGCUCAUGUGGUCACAAAACCAGCUAAUUGAUGAGUACUUAGCUCAUCUGCCAGUUGAGACAUUCUUUUGACACGUUUCUUUGUUUGUUUUGUUUAUCUGCAUACUUUGAGGUCAUUAUUUAUGACAUCACUACUUUUUAAUGUGCCUUUUUUUUCCCUUGUACACUUGAGGUGGCAUGUACAAUUUUCAAGAGCUUAUGGGCAAUUUUACUCCUCUUUAAGUGACUACUACUGAUUGUAUCACAAGGUAAUUUUAUCAAGAAUGAGCUCUGUUACCUUAAGUUAAGAUUCUGUUUGGUUGUAGAACCAAACCUUCAGAACAGUCAUGAGAAUGUGAGUCAAAAACCUCUCCAAAAGCAGCACUUGAUAAGGAGUGCAUCAAAAAUGUUGCUGGAGCCACCAGGUAAUUCGAAAAUUAAAUGUAGCUUCAGAACACCAAAGAAAACAGAACUGGAUUCAAUCCAAAUUCUGAAAUGUUUCAAAGAUGAUUUGCUUACAUUGACCAAGUGUUUGAAAGAGGAAAAUCUGAAGUUUGAUUGAACUCCUUUGUGUCGAUUUCUGUAUUUUACCAAAUGCAAUAAGUGGUACAAAUGCUGUAUUUUCCUAACAAGAGGACAGGAUAGAUAUAUAUUACUUCCAUAGUUAUUUGUUUAGUUUUCCUUACUAUGCAUUUCUUUGGGAUAAAUGAUAGCUUUAAAUGUAUAUAUUGUAAUUCCUCUGGCAUGUAUUUAUUUUGCACAGAUUUUCUUUUUCUAUUUUAUAAAAUGUAACUCAACUCUCACAUGAAAUGUGCACCAGGUUACGGGGAAGUGGUUUCAGAAAUCUUUGUUUGAACUAAUAGUGGUCUAAAUGGCUGCAUUAUGCCGAACAACGCAGCGGCUGAUUGUUUACAUUACAUUGUUUGGCUUACGGUGUGUGUUACAUCUGUAUGUGUGGCCUCAUAAAACUUUUUUUUUUUCAUUACAGUGAUCAAAAUGUUUUCAGCCUAAUUUUUCAGUUAUACUGCAUUGUAAAUGCACGAGGAGAGACUCAAUACAGAUGACGAGCUGAUGUUUUUCUUGAGAUGGAAGCAAUAUAGAUUGGGGACAUAUGGAGAUUGAUUUUAUCUGAGGUAAUGUGAUACUAAGACCCACAGUUCUGAAUUUUUGGGUAUAGCUCUAUUCAAGAUCAUCAUGUACACAUAUUGUGAAGUUUUUCAUUUUGUGACCAAAACCAAAAAUAAAAUUGCUGUAAUUUAAAGUUUAUGUUUCAACUAUUAAGGAUUAAAAUUACAACACACCCCACUAAUAGCUCUAAUUCCCAGCACUUAGAGGAGUACAGUUAAUGUUAAAAACACCAUUAUCGUUAUUAAACUUCUAAAUAUAGAGGCAUUUACACAUGCACACAGUAAGCAUCAGUCUGUCUGGUAAAACUGGAGUGUCCUGCUGUCCAAGCCCUGGUCGCAUAUGACAUGAUAAGGUGAAUCAAUUUAGGUGUGGUGCAUUACAUUGCUACUGGAUUAAUCUAAUACAGUUGCUAAUACAAGCUGUCAAAUUUUGUCCAAUCACAAAAGUUAGUAUUGUUCAGCGGUUACACCCAAUUAAAUGUAUACUUAAAUUAUCUUGCCUGUAUACAAAUCGCUCAGUACUUCGUGACAGCAGUACUUAAAGAAUAGACCACAGUGAAUGACCUCAAUCAAAGAAAUAAUCUGAUGUUUUCUUAUCAUUGUUAGGGUGUAUAUGCAUUCUUAUCAUCGAUAGGGUGUAUGUUAUUUUAUAAAUUAGAUCUUUUCACACGCAACUGCUCAAUUCGAUAUCUAAGUAUUGUGAAACAUAUCAAUAAAACAACACAACAUGCCAUAUACAGUAGUCCAUUCAUAUUUGGUU